UUCUCUUCUUUUUUUCUCCAAUAGCACUGAUCACCUUCUACCACACUACCUAGUUUACUUAUCUAUUAGGUUUACUAUGUACUGCCUGUCUCCCCAUGAGCAGCACAUCAGCCCCACAAAGACAGGGACUUGUGUCUGCUUUGUUUUGUGCCAUGCCCCUGGCUGGCACACACAGUAGGUGCUCAGUAAAGAGUUGUCAAUGCAAAGCAGCCCUUUCACCUCAGCUACCCAGUCACUUUUGUCUUCCAGCAUUCAGUGACCCCUGGGCCAAGGCAGCAGGUAUUCUGUGUCUUCUGGGAGCAUGGCCAGAAUGGAAGUGGUCACUGGGCCACCAAAGGCUGCAGGAUGGUGGGCACUGGAGACACCAGCACCACCUGCCUGUGCACGCACCUCAGCAGCUUUGCUGUCCUCAUGGCCCAGUAUGACAUGCAGGAGGAGGAUGUCGCCCUGGCUGUGAUCACCUAUGUGGGGCUGAGCCUCUCUCUGCUGUGCCUCUUCCUGGCGGCCCUCACCUUCCUGCUGUGCAAAGCCAUCCAGAACACCAGCACCUCCCUCCACCUGCAGCUCUGCAUCUGCCUCUUCCUGGCCCACCUGCUCUUCCUCACGGCCAUCGACAGAACAGAGCCCAGGGUGCUGUGCGCCAUCAUCGCAGGUGCCUUACACUACCUCUACCUGGCCUCCUUCACCUGGAUGCUGCUGGAGGGCUUGCACCUCUUUCUUACUGCACGCAACCUCACUGUGGUCAACUACUCUAAUGUGAGCAGGUUCAUGAAGAAGUUCAUGUUCCCUGUGGGCUAUGGAGUCCCGGCUGUCAUUGUGGCCAUUUCUGCAGUAUCCAGGCCUCACCUUUAUGGAACAGCUGCUCGCUGCUGGCUCCACCCAGAAAAAGGAUUUAUGUGGGGCUUCCUUGGACCCGUCUGCGCCAUCAUCUCUGUCAAUCUGGCUUUCUUUCUGAUGACACUCUGGAUUUUGAAAAGCAAACUCUCUUCCCUCAACACUGAUGUAUCCACCCUGCAGAAUACAAAGAUGUUGACAUUUAAAGCAAUGGCCCAGCUCUUCAUUUUGGGCUGCACGUGGUGUCUGGGAAUCCUGCAGGUGGGCCCAGCUGCCCAAGCCAUGGCCUAUCUCUUCACCAUCAUCAAUAGCCUGCAGGGUGUCUUCAUCUUCCUGGUGUACUGUCUCCUCAGCCAGCAGGUCCGGGAGCAAUACAGACAAUGGUUUAAACGAGUGAGGAAAAUCAAAACAGACUCUGACAAGUACACCCUCUCCAGCAGGGCCACAUCUGAAUCUUCCAAGCCUAGCAUGGUGAAUUAAGAAGAUCUUUUGAUCUAUAGCCUCUUAUCCCAUGGAAACUGUGCCCUGCCAUUCUUUGAGCCAUUGAGAGAGGAUAGAAAGCCUUUGUGGUGUGUUUCAAGAAAUUCUUCAUAUCAGCAAUGUGAAAGAAGUCAUGGUGGACAUGCUGGAAACUCAAUCUCUGCAAAAUCUGGAAUUUUUCUGUGCUCUGCUGUGUACUUGGAAAGUUUGGCAUGUAAAAUUCCAAUGGUGGCCCAAUUUUUUGGAACUUUGAGUUAAGUUUCUGCAAAGGCUCUGCUUUCUACAGACUCUCCAGAGACUGAAUGUUUAUGAACAUGAAGAAGAGUGGAAUGUUCAUGCUAAUGUCUGGAUUUCUUAAUUUCUUUUUUCAGUAUUUCUAGAGGUUUAAUUGUGUACUUGUGUAAAAUGAUUAAUUAUUCACCAUGUCUAAGGCAGAAAUUAAGAGCUACUCAGGCAGGUCCUGCCUUCAUGGAGCUUUCAGAGGGAAAUAAAUUAAUUUAUGCAGCUACACUUCCUGUUUG